AUGGGAGGCUUGAUUGAUCGAGUUCCGAAGUCGGAACCCAGUCCAGCCAUGGCUGGAUUAGCUGUUUCAAUGCCGGCGUCUCAUGGCCUACCUGAUACGACCUACACUCAGCCAAUCCCUGGCUCCUCUCUUGAUAACUUGACAAUGGACAUGAAGAACCUUGUGAAAAAGAUCCAAGAUCUCAGUCACUUGGGGAUUGAGGACAGCAAGAUCAUGCUUCCAAAAAUAUGUGUCGUCGGUGACCAGAGCACCGGGAAAAGCUCCCUUAUCGAGGGUAUUUCCGAGAUCAAGGUGCCUAGAGCCGAAGGAACCUGCACUCGAUGCCCCCUGGAGAUAAACCUUUCUGAAAGCGAUGAAAGCUGGAAAUGUGUGAUCCAUUUAUCACGUCGCUACAUCUUCGAUCCGUCGAAGCGCUCGAAGAUGCCUAAGAAAUCAGAGCCACUAGGACCGUGGAUUGCCCUUGGUGGACAGGAUGAUGAACAUUUCAUUACCUUGGAAAGCAAACAAGAUGUCAAAAACGCUAUCUGGUGCGCCCAGCUAGCUAUCUUGAACCCUAGCACCGAUUCACAGGAUUUUGUCCCGGGGUCUACCGACAUGGCACAGACACCUCAGGUUAAGUUUUCUCCUAAUGCCGUGCGCCUGGAUAUCUCCGGUUCCGGACUUCCCAAUCUGUCAUUCUAUGAUCUGCCGGGAGUGAUUAGCCAGGCAGAACAAGACAACGAAAGGUACCUCGUGAACCUUGUCGAGAACCUUGUCAAGGAUUAUGUUUCUCAAGAGCAUUGUAUCGUACUCCUCACACUGCCCAUGACAGAUGAUGCGACAAAUUCCAGUGCUGCUCGUCUUGUCCGCGAUAUCAAGGGCGCAAAGGAACGCACCCUUGGGGUGUUGACCAAACCCGAUCGUCGGCCCUCUGACGAAGCAUUUGACCAAUGGCACGAGAUUCUGGACGGAAGCAAGUUCAAACUCGGACACGGUUAUUAUGUCAUUCGAAACAAUCCCGAUUCACUUGUCAGUCAUGCCCAAGCUAGGAAGGAGGAAGAGAUGUUCUUCGGCUCUUCGCUGUGGACAAGAGAUCUUGCAGCCUUCGAAGACCGCUUCGGCACCAGACAACUCCAAACGGCAUUGUCUGACCUUUUGAUGCGCCAAAUCCUAGGAUCUUUGCCCUCCAUUAUUGCCCAGAUUGAUGAGAAGUCGAAGGCCAUUGAUGCAGAACUCAAAACCCUACCAAAUCCUCCCACUGAGGAUGUGCAACGAAUCCUUUGGGGUAAAACUUCGGAUCUUGAACGCAAGAUUCAUGAGCUGUUUGAUGGGACCCCUAGUAUCGAGAACGGCUCUUCCCAGCGAAAGCCGCUGCAAGAGCAGUGGAACAAAAUUGUUAUGGAUCUCCAAACCGCACUUGCAAAGACGCGUCCCAUCUUGGACGUUGCUGCACAGAAAGACCUUGAGGAUUUGGCCGAAGUUGUGGACUCAGAUUGUGAGAUGAAGAUCGUGGGCGUCAGCACGUCAACACCAAAGAAAAGAAAGUCGCCUGCGGACGGUACUCCCUCAUCGGAACCGGCAACUCCGAGAAGGACUGUCUACUGCACUUCACACUUCGAAGGGUUGAAGCCUGCAAGAAUUACUUUGAAACAGCUCACUGAGCUGAAAAUCCGCUCAAACACAGUUGGUGUCCCCAACCAGCUCGAUCCCCGUGCAAUUGAAAACCUGAAUAAACGGAGCGUUGAGCAUUGGGAAAGGCUCAUGAAGAUUUUCCUGAAGGCUACGCAUAGCCUUGUUCACAGCAUGUUAUGUACAGCUCUCGAAGACGAGUUUACCCAAUACCAGCAGACUGGGUUGUAUAAGGAGCUCAGGAGAAUCCUGAAAGAAUUUAUGAGCAAGCUUCGCGAAGUUCACCUGGAGUUAGAGAUGGAUUACUGCAAGUCUGAGCGCGAAAUACCAUUUACAAUGGCACAAGGCCAGCAUCAGGUAUUGAUGCAGCAUGCCUCAAAUGUGCUGAGAGCUCGUCGAUUCAAUGCUCGAGCUAGUUGCUGGCUUAAAAUCCGGGGCCAUGAUAUGAACGACGAGCGGAUUUCCGAGAAGAUCAGGAAAGUCCAACCAGAACAACUUGGGCCUGACAGAUACUGCCAAGAACUUGACAUGAUGGCUAGCUCGCUGGCUUACUACGAUAUCGCAUCUUCUCGUUUCCUAGACGUCUUGUGUCAGUCUACGCAUAUGAAGUUGUUCCGGGCUUGCCGUGGAAGUCUCGUCAACACACUUCGUGACGACCUGGAGAUCUUCGGUGAUAACGGUCGUGCCCGCUGCCUUGACCUCAUGACUGAGGACCCCGAACGGCAGCAUCGCCGCGCUCAAUUAUUGAAGGAGCGAGAGAAGUUUAGCAAAGCCCAAGAGUGGCUGGACUCUGUCCGGGAUUCAGAUGUGGAAAUGGAAGACUCUGACCACACUGCUUUUCCAGACAUCAAAGAGGAUUGGUAG